AUGGGCCCUGCGUGGCUUCUCACCCGAUUCUGUCGUCGAUUCCAGUCGUCCCACAGUCGUCGGUUCCUGUCGUCCUCCAGCCCCAGCCCCCAAGACCGUACACCCCGAGACGCAGGCCGAGAGACCUUCCAGGUCCUGAUCGCCAACCAGCCGUCCUUUGCCAACACAUCCGCAGUGCUGGUCCGAUUCAGAGAACGGAGCUACCUGUUCAACUGCCCCGAGACGCUCUCUCGUCUUGGCUUUGAGUAUGCCCUGGAGCCCCACUGGGCCAGCCACGUAUUCCUGACCCGCCUCGACAACGGCACCUUUGGCGGAUUCCCUGGCCUGCUCCUCACCAAGUACGACAUCGGUCCAACCCAUCUCCAUGGCGGAAAUGGUCUCGCCAGCAUGGUCUCCGAGUUGAACCAAACGCAUUUCAUUGACAGAACAGCACUCGCAUCCUUAUCGACAGUCGAGGUCAAUGACGGCUUCCAAUACCAGGAUCACUAUCUCUCAAUCGACACGGUCCAUGCUUGGCCAAAUCUCAAUCCAAGCCAUACCAUUUCAGCCGCACCAGCUGCACAAACCAUUGGCGAUCCAUCGGACGUCCAGAAACACGAUGGUCCUGAGCGGCGCCCUGGUGAAUCCAUAUCGUAUAUCUGCCGCGGACCAAGCCGACGGGGUAGAUUCGAUCCUGCGGCCGCCUCAAGGCUCGGAGUGAAGAAUCCCAGGGACUAUGGACGCCUGGCGAGAGGAGAGGCUGUUACCGCCGAAGACGGAUCGAUAGUGCACCCCCAUCAAGUACUCGUCGGUGAAACCCGACGCGGAUAUAUCUUUUGCAUCGUCGACUGCCCAUCACCAACCCACAUCGAUUCCAUCACUUGCUCGCCGAAAUGGCCCCUGGAAACCAGCACAGCCGGCACCGGGGUCGUUGAUCUCGUCAUCCACAUGCUUGGGGACAAAGUCAUCGAGGACAGCCGAUAUGUCGUCUGGAUGAACGCAUUUGGAUCGCACGUUCGGCACGUCAUACUGAGCUCGAAAAACAGUCCCCAUCCAGUGCCGUUUCGCUCAUAUGCCACUUUCCAGCGAAUCGCCCAUCAAGCUCAUCGCGGGCUGUUUCCUCUACCACAUCACACCACCGAGCCCGAGCAAAGUCUGGAAAGCGUCCCAGGAAUCCCCAAAACUGCCCAAGUCGGACACAUUGGAAUGUGUUUUGACUUUCAGAACUCGGAAAUUGUGAUUCGCAAUGAGUCAGACCCACGGAGUCUCAGAGGUGAAUGUGCCGCCACCCCGCCUGCCGAACCAGCCAGUCUUGCUGCCAACGCAUCAACGCACGGAAUCAUAGUUUCGCCUUUGGGCACUGGGUCCACAGCCCCGACAACGUUCCGGAAUGUGAGCUCGCUCUUGGUUACUCUCUCGGGUGGAAAGCGGAUAUUGCUUGACUGCGGCGAAGGCACCCUCGGGCAGCUGUUUCUCCUCCACGGAGGACAGGAUUUUGACCGGAUCUUGGUCUCGAUUCGGUGCCUGUUUGUAUCCCAUAUUCACGCCGACCACCACCUCGGUAUCUUUGGCUUUAUUCAAGCCCGCGCCAAGGCACUCCAGCAGUAUGAAGGGCCUCUGUCGUCACUCUUCAUCGUGGGACCUCCGCAUCUCCUUGGGUGGAUCACAUCCUUUGCCGAGCGACUAUGCAUUCCCCUGGAUCAAGUCGUCCUGCUCAGCUCAGUCGAGGUCGCGCAGAGUCCCGGGAUUGCGGCCCGGCCGCUUCAGAGCGAGCUGGAGGUACUCUCCUUCCAGCCGGUCGCAGUCAAUCACUGCCGACAUUCAUACGGCCUGGUGCUGAUCGAUCGCAAGAUGAACAAGAUUGUCUAUUCGGGCGACUGCCGGCCGACACCAGCCUUGAUUCAGGCGGGUGCAUAUGCCGACAUUCUGAUACACGAGGCAACCUUCGACUCUGAGAACUCGAACGAGGCCCGAGAACGGAGACACUCGACUGUGUCCGAGGCAAUCCAGGCUGGAUGCAGCAUGGGCGCCAAGCGUCUGCUUCUCACGCAUUUUUCGCGAAGAUUCGGGAGCCAUCCGACGAUACCAAGCGACCUCAAAGCGUGGAGGAGCCGAGCCGAAAUGCAGGUCGGCUUGGCAUUCGAUCUGAUGAGCAUUCGCACAGAUGACUUUGCGUAUCUGGAGAAGGCAACCCGAUCGAUUCCAGCCAUGGCUUGGGAAUUCCAAGAAACGACAUGUCCCGCUUCUCCUGCUGGGGCCCGGACAAUGGGUUCAAAUGCAACCUCCGUGGUCACCCGAAACCUCUCCCCGGCGUGAACGAAUUGCUGUGGCCCCUGGGCUUCCGCGGUGCUUUCGAAGAUGGAGACUGGACCAGCGAGCACUUGUUUGAAGCGG